GAUAACCACCUUAUCAAAAGGUGAUAAGUGUAAAAUCAAAGGAAAUCUUAUUUCAUUGAUAUGAGUACGUGACAAUUUAAAAUGAUAACCAAACGGUCUGUUAUUGACUGUUAUUUAAUUUUAAUUUUGAAGUUAUUUUAUGAGUAAUAAUAUAAAUAGUAUAUACAAUAUACCUUUCUUUGUUUUUCCAUAAGGCAUAAAUUGUUUGUUUCUACUAAUUUUGAACUUCCACCUUUCAACCCAACCAACUAACGUGGCGCAAAUUGUUGCGUUCAUUAUAAUUUUGUGAAAUAUGAGUAAAAAAGCAAAAACCACACCUAAAGAAGAAUUACCACCAGGAUCAUUAUUAAAAGAUGUUAACGGCAUUGAAUGGGAAAUUAAAAAUAUUAUUGGUAGUGGAGGAUUUGGAUAUGUUUAUUGUGGAAUGAAACAUAAUUCUAGAACUAAAACAGAAUAUGCAAUAAAAACGGAAAAUAUGGAAAGUGGACCCUUGUUUGUAGAACGAAUGUUUUAUCUUAAAAACAUAAAGGAAGAAGAUGUUAAAAAAUGGAUAACAAUCAAAAAGUUGAAAGAAUUACCAUUGCCAAGAUUCUAUGGUUUUGGAAGCACUAUUCACAAUAAUAAUAAAUAUAGGUUUAUAGUUAUUGAAAAGUUUGAUAAAGACUUGGAGACAUUUCUUCAAACUGUUUCAGAUAGAUUACUGCUAGGAGCUGUCAUUAACAUAGUUCGACAAAUUAUUGAUGCCUUAGAGUUCAUACAUGAAUGUGGAUAUGUUCAUUGGGAUAUCAAAUGUCAAAAUAUAUUUAUUGGUAAAAAACCGAAAAAUAAUCAUGUGUAUUUAGGAGAUUUUGGUAUGGUAACUAAAUAUAAGACUGAAGAUGUUAAGCCAGAUAAGAAAUGUGCAAAUAAUGGUACACUAAAUUAUAUAGCUCUAGAUGGCCACCUUGGAAUGCAUACUCGACGAGGUGAUCUGGAAAGUCUAAUGUACAAUGGUUUAGAAUGGUUAAAAAUGAAAUUACCAUGGAAAACUUUUACAUUGCUAAAAACCAUUAAAUCUAAAAAUGAGAUGAGAGAUGCAAUUUUAAUUGCAGGACCAAAUGAAAAAAUUUAUGAUUUUAAUAAUGUACCAAAUUGUUAUUUUGAAACCAUGAAAUGUAUUUAUAAUCUAGAACCUGCUGAAAAACCAGAUUAUGCUUUGUUGAAAAAGCUGUUAAAGCAGUAUAAGACAGAGAAGCUGAGUUUAAAAUGAUAACUACAAAAAUUAAAUGUAAUUUUUGUAUAAAAAUAAAUAAAUAAUGAAAUAUUGUAAAGUAUAUAGUAUGU